CGCGCGGUCCACCGUCCACCAGCUUUCGUCUCCCUCCCAAACUUCCCCAAAUUCCGUUUCCCGGUUCCAAUUUCGCAGCAUUCUUGGAGCCGCCAAAGCUCCCUAGAAAUCCAAUUUCAAAAUUGAAUUAUUUUUCCUUUUUCUUUUAAAUAAUUCCCUAAAACUAAUCGUUUAAUUGCUUUACACACACUCUAACAUAAGUAGUAUGAUUUUAUCUGUAUCCAUCCUAUAUUUAACAACUGAGUCGUUACUGCUUUCGACAAUUUCCUACUUUUCUUUGUCCGUUUGAUUUCUUCACCACAUAUAUUUGAUAAUUUUCCUAAUAAUUGAGAGUGCCUAUAUUUUCUCGGACAAUUCAAUCAGAGGAAAUAACUCCCCCCCCGCCCCCCGCCCCCUUCUUUCGAUUGCAAUUGGUUAAGUUUGAUUCCUCUUUUCUUUUUGGAAUAGGGUUUCACGGCGAAUCGUCGUGCACUUCACCUCAAACACAAGAUUUUUGUUUUUUGGGUUGGGUCAAAUUCUCACUCUCAGGAUAGUUAGCCGAAUCUCGUGGCUGCUGAUUCAUUGGAUUUUGCUGAUAGUUUCUCGUCGUAAUUUGUUCAGAAAGCACUUAGGGUUUUUGAGUUGGAUUUUGGGAUUAUUUAAUGUUCUGUUGAUGAGGAAGCAUAGAGCAUGAUACGGCGGACGACGACGACGACGAUAAUUGAAAUGCCGAAGCUCAAGCGCUGCAAAUCCGAGGGAUGCGACGAGGGCGAAAACGAUGAAGAGUUUUGUCCUGCUGCCUAUCUGAAGAAGCAGAAAACCGAUUCCUUUGAUGGUUUUUAUACAGUUCCUGUAAAUGAAUUUGAUGUACAUAGUAGUAAUUUCACAAAUUUGUGGCCAGCCGGGGCUUCAUUUGAUGCUGGUGACGUGGAAUCGAUUUCCAAGACUCAGAAGAGUGUAAAUAAUGGUAUUGAGGUGCAGAAGCCCCCGUUGUUCAAGUCUUCUCGCGGGCGUUUGCAGGUACUUCCCUCAAAAUUCAGUGAUUCAGUCGUGCAUUCGUGGAAGAAAGAUAAGUCAGAAGCUGAGUAUGAUUACGAGUCAUGUUUUAGAAAGAGUUCCGUGUAUAGUAAGAAGAGAUUAAAGCAUGAAGGAGUAUAUCCUGACGGAAAAAUGCACAGGAAAUCGCAAGUAGGCAGCGACCCUGGCUUCCAAAUCUUUAAUAAUGUUGAAUUAAUUCCUAAUUCUUUGAACCCUGGGAUAGCGGAAAUGAGAUACAAGGAUUUUGAUUGUAGUAGUAGCAGUAGAGUCUAUUGCAGUUCAUGGAGCUCAGUGACGUCAGUUAGUGAAGGCUGUUCCUCGCCGUCGGCAGUGCAAAGUAGUAAUUUUGCAUCAGGGGCAGUGAGUAGUUUUACUGGUGGAAAUAAACAGGUGAAGGGGAAGAUGGACCGGAAACAGUUAAAGGAGAAGGAUGAAAGGAAGGAGGACUUUUUUAAACCUGGCGACUUUGUUUUGGGUGAUAUAGUUUGGGCCAAAUGCGGAAAGAAGUUUCCUGCGUGGCCUGCUGUUGUGAUUGACCCACUUUGGCAAGCUCCCGAGGCUGUUUUAAGGGCUUGUGUACCUGGCACACUUUGCGUGAUGUUCUAUGGGUACUCAAAAAAUGGAACUCAGAGGGAUUAUGCAUGGAUUAAGGAGGGAAUGGUAUUUCCUUUUCAAGAGUACAUGGAAAGAUUUCAGGGGCAGACCAAGUUGUACGGUAGCAAGCCUGUUGAUUUUCACAUGGCAAUAGAGGAGGCAAUUUUAGUGGAGAGUGGCUAUGUAAACCCGGGUUCUGGGAUUGAACCUGAAACCUCUCCAGUGGCGAGUCAAAGUGAAAUUGAAGAAGCUAUGGGCUCUAAUCAGGAGGAACUGGGUUAUCUUGAUCAGGAUACAAUUGGCAAGAGAAAAGAGACACAAGCCUGCGACAGCUGUGGUUUAACAUUUCUGUCCAGGACAAUGAAGAAAAUGAAAGAUGCAACAACAUUUAAAUCUCUGUUUUGGUGUGAGCACUGUGUCAAGUUAAGGAAAUCAAAACAAUAUUGUGGCAUAUGCAAGCUAAUUUGGCACCACUCAGAUGGUGGGAAUUGGGUUUGCUGUGAUGGUUGUGAUGUCUGGGUUCAUGCUGAGUGUGCUAGAAUUUCAGCUGAGCUUUUCAAGGAUUUGGAGAACAUUGAUUACUUCUGCCCUGAAUGUAAAGCAAAGUCUAAUAAUAAACUUUUGGUGUCAAAAGUGGAGCCAGAAUUCAGGUGCAGAGAAAACAAUGGACAAAUUCUCUUACCUGACACAAUAGCGGUUGUUUGCGCUGGCAUUGAAGGGCUUUAUUACCCAAGUCUUCAUCUAGUCCAGUGUAAGUGCGGCUCUUGUGGGACAAAGAAACUAGCUCUUGCUGAAUGGGAACGACAUACAGGUUGUAGGGCAAAAAAGUGGAAAUCCAGUGUCAAACUGAAGGCUACACUGCUGCCGCUGGAGAAAUGGAUUUCAGAAUAUAAUGCGCAUUCCCUUGAUCCAGUUAGACUAGAUAAGCAGCAGUUGCUUAGAUUUUUGCAGGAGAAUUACAUACCUGUAAAUGCAAAAUGGACAUCGGAACGCUGUGCUAUUUGUAGAUGGGUUGAAGAUUGGGAGUACAAUAAAAUGAUUAUUUGCAACAGGUGUCAAAUAGCUGUACACCAAGAAUGCUAUGGGGCAAGAAAUCUUCAGGAUUUUGCAUCGUGGGUUUGUAGAGCAUGUGAAACUCCUGAAAUUGAGAGGGACUGUUGCCUGUGUCCUGUAAAAGGAGGUGCAUUAAAGCCAACUGAUAUCGAAACCUUGUGGGUUCAUGUUACUUGUGCAUGGUUUCGGCCAGAAGUUGCUUUUCUGAAUGUUGAGAAAAUGGAGCCAGCCAUUGGGCUCCUUAGGAUUCCAUCAAUUUCUUUUCUUAAGGCAUGCGUAAUCUGCAAGCAAAUUCAUGGGUCUUGCGUGCAGUGUUGCAAGUGUUCCACAUACUUCCAUGCUAUGUGUGCUUUGCGAGCUGGAUACCUCAUGGAAUUGCAUUGUUCAGAGAAGAAUGGUGCACAAAUAACUAGAUGGGUCUCUUAUUGUGCCUUUCACAGUGCCCCAUCUGCAGAUAAUGUUUUAGUGAUGAGAACUCCCGAUGGAGUUUUCUCUACAAGAAGUGUGCUCUAUAACCAAAAUCAGGAACAGUGGUUGAGGGGUUCAAGACUUGUAUCAUCUAAAAAUGCUAAGCAUUUAGAUACUUCUGUCAUUGAGGAUAAUGAGAUUGAGCCACUCUCUGCUGCAAGAUGCCGUGUUUUCACAAGAUCAAGCAACAAGAGGACCCUACCAGAACCAGUCUUCCACCGACUAAUGGGGCCACUUCAUCAUUCAUUAGAUGUGAUAGAUAGCUUAAGCUGUCGAAGAGAACUUCAAGAUGUAAAAGCUUUUUCAACAUUUAAAGAGAGAUUGGAACAUUUACAGAGGACAGAAAAUAGUCGGGUCUGCUUUGGUAAAUCUGGAAUACAUGGAUGGGGCCUCUUUGCACGACAAAACAUUCAAGAAGGCGACAUGGUUAUUGAGUAUCGUGGUGAGCAGGUAAGGCGUAGUGUUGCAGACCUUCGGGAGGCACGGUAUCGCAGGGAAGGCAAAGAUUGUUAUCUUUUUAAGAUCAGUGAGGAAAUAGUGAUUGAUGCAACCGUCAAGGGUAAUAUUGCACGCCUGAUCAAUCAUUCUUGUAUGCCAAACUGCUAUGCGAGAAUUAUGAGUGUGGGAGAAGAAGAGAGCCGAAUAGUUCUUAUAGCUAAAACCAAUGUUUCUGCUGGUAAAGAGUUAACGUAUGACUAUUUGUUUGAUCCUGAUGAUCAUGAUGACCUUAAGGUUCCCUGUCUGUGUAGAGCUCCGAAUUGCAGGAGGUAUAUUAACUAGUAAAGAAUGUACAGAGUAUUUUGGCACCAUGCAGCUUUGAGCCUUUACCAAAAAUCAUAUUUUUGAAAAUUUGGUAAUUGCUCGUCGCUUGUAGUCUUCCUAAUUCUAAUUUGCGCUAACAAAACCAGCUAUUGGCUGGCAUUUUUGGCCUUGUAAUAUUUUAUUCUAUUCUUUUCGCAUCAAUGAAAACAUUCUCAAUUUUUUUGUUA